AUGCCCCCCGAGCAGGUUCGAUCGAUGGAUGAUCUCUUGAACCAGCUGCUAUUAAGUCUUUCAUUGGCCGUAAACAACCUCGAGUCUGUGAUAGAACAGAGCUCGGAGCCUCGACAAGGACGUUUUAGAUUCGGCUUCAAGGCCAAGAAGGCUGCCUGGGUGUGGAAGAAGGAGGCGCUAGACGAGAUUAUAUCCGAACUUGAGCUAUGGCAACGUCGUUUUGACCCGUCAUGGUAUCUCCUCAUCAAGAUUGCCAGCCCAGUAAUCGAUCAUGAGCUCGCAAUAGCGAAGGCUACCGAGCCGAAGACACGCGGACCUGCAACGGCCGCGAAGAACCCUCUGACUCUGGCUGCCUCAGUACGAACUAUACUAUCGCCGUCGGUCGAACGGACAAGGUCACUCUUUCUCCCAGAGUUACAAAUGGAUUGGAUGAAUAUCCCCUUCUCCGAUGCAAAGGCAGGGCGCAGAGAAGGCGAUAGCAAAUGGUACGUGGUCGAUUCUAUCGAGUUUGGACAAGCCAUCAAGGUUCGCGAUAUCGCCCGCGAUGUUCGUGUUCUUGCCGCGAAGCUCUCGCAGGCUGAUCCUUUGGCAUUCGGCCUUUUGAAUUGCAAGGGACUGGUCCCGAUCCGGCGUCAGCCUGCAUCACCAAUGUCACCGCCGUUCGGAUCGGAAUUAACUCCUCCUUCUGCGAUACCUCGUGCGCAUUCACCGUCCCCGAAUCAGAAUGAUUACUGUCGCUUCGAUGUGAUCUUCCGUAUUCCGCAAGGAAUGGAGGUUUUACAGUCACUCAGACAGCUAUUACUGAACUCCGAUGAGCAAAUAUCGCUGUCGAGAAAAAUCAACAUCUCUAGAGAAAUUUGCAAAGCAGUUUGCUUUGUGAGCACCUUGGGGUUCGUCCAUAAAAACAUACGGCCGGAGUCAGUGCUAUGCUUCGAGGAUCCGGAAGCCACCAGGAGCCAUGCGUUUCUGGUUGGAUUCGAUGCUUUCCGCGCUGCAGAUGCUGGCACUAUGAUGGGUGGGGAUAUGAGCUGGGCUCGCAACGUUUACCGUCACCCUCGGCGACAGGGGAUGGACCCCUCCGAAAAAUAUACCAUGAAACACGACAUCUAUAGUCUCGGUGUGUGUUUACUAGAGAUCGGCCUCUGGGAGUCAUUUGUGGAGUAUACUACCGACCUGGAGUUCGAUGGCCCUCCCCAACCCAAAUUUGGCAAAUCCUACCAUGACUUCAGGAAAUGGAACCAAGAGCAAGGUGAAGCAGGCUCAUUCAGUGCCUUGGCCUUCCAACUCAAGGACUUUUUGGUGGAACAAGCCUUGACGAGACUGUCCCCGCGGAUGGGCGAUAGAUAUAGGAGUGCCGUCAUCUCCUGCCUGACAGUGCUGGACGAAGACAAUGAAGACUUUGGAGGGCUGGAGGAAGAGGAGAGCGAUGAAAUUGUUGCAGUCCAAUUUAUUGAGAGAAUUAUGAAGACUCUUGAUACAAUCUCGCUGUAA